UCUUCCUCUGUUUAGACGAACGUUUCUACCUUUUCGGACAAAACCUUUUGUAACCUUCGUCCUUACAUGUUUUUAAUUGAUAUUAGCCCUUGUGGCCAAUAAAACGAAUUAAUUAUUAUUAUUAUUAUUCAGGUCACUGCUUGGAAUCGAACUCGGAAUCUAGGGGUUAGUAGCCCGUGCUCUUUUCCUUUUCCUGUGUAGGAACAGUAGCGGUGGUGAGGGCGAGGAAGUUUUCGUUGAACUGGCUGUUCAACCUCCCGCUCUCACUCGCCAUUUUUCUUUAUCUCGAAAAAUUUUCGAAUACAAUGUGAAUUUAGCCCCCAAAAGGAUGGGUUUUCCAACAAAAAUUAACUCCCAAGGAGGGCAGUUUCCUUAGAAACUGAAUUUAAUAACAAAAACGGGAGUUCAACAAAUUUUUUACGACAAAACGGCUAACACGAAUUACUCACGGAGCUAAAAGAAAAAAAAAGGUCUCAACACGUCGACAAUAAUAAUAAUAAUAAUAAUUUAUUCUCUUAUUUGCCGCAAAUGCUUAGGUAAAACCAACAUAGAGGGACGAAAAAUAUCAGUUAUUUACUUCCUUAUAACAGGUUGCAGUAAUCCGAGACUGUGGCUAAUUUUCAGUCGAUCAAUUUCAUUACUUCAGCAAAAAUAAAAAUCAAUAUAUACUCCCCGUACAUCGGCGAGUUUUCCAUUUUACGCAAAAAACGAAUUAUUUUUGUGUUGUUUGUUGACGAAUAUUUGUGUCUGUAAUUCUUCAUUGAAAUAUCCAAAAUCCUCGAUUGUUUAACGAUUGCAGAUAUAUUGGGAGACGUGAACGAAAUUGUAUGAAAUAAGGAUUCAUUAACUGAAGAAGACUUUACAGAGAAAUAUUCUUCACAAGGCCCGAAAUUUGUGGGGUGGGGGAGUGGAGCCAGUCGAUUAGGUCGACCGCAGUACGCGACUGGUACUUAAUUUAUCGAUCCCGAAAGGAUGAAAGGCAAAGUCAACCUCGGCGGAAUUUGAACUCAGAACGUGAAAUAUUUCUACCCGACGGAUAACAUUAGAAUUUCUAGCAGUCAUUUAAUAUUUAUGUUAAAGGUUGAUUUAUUUUUAGUUUCAUAAUUGAAACUGAAUUCGAAAUUAAAAACGGACGGAAAUAAUUCUAGAAAUAUAAACACCAGCUAAAUACAUUUUUUUUUUUAGGCUGCUGAAAUCGAAAAAUAUGGUAUUUGGUGAAGGACGAACAGAGGGAGGAUUAAGAAUUAAUCAAAUCCACAUCUUUUAGAAGAUAAAAUCUAUUUGAAGGAAACGUGGAUGUAUUUAAAGACUUAACACUUCCAAAAUAAUUUAUUGCUAAUUAACUGCGGAAAGAAAUCGCUACAACAUUCUUUACGACGAUAUGAAAAUCUAAAUGAAGAUUUGUUAUAAAAUAUAGAAGUUGUGUUGAAGCUGUCAUUGUCCAUUCUGAGUUGUGACUACUUGAAUCUAUCGUGACAUCUUCGGCAUUGGCUCUGUAUUAAUAUAAUAUCAGAUGACAUAGGCCCAAGAGAGAUUGUUUCACGUCGGACCCAUCAAUAUUUAUCAUUUUUAAGACUCAAGAACUGCCAUACACAACAACAAUAAAUCUUCAGCUGAAUUACUGUGAAAUAUUUGCACUGAGAUUAUUGGUAAAAUUUCCCCACUUAACUAUAUAUAAUAGGAUGAUUGUGGAUUCUAAAUAAUUAAAAAAGAGUUUGCAGCCUCUACAAAUAUUGACAGAGAACAAUGUUUAUGGAAGCAUAGCACACAAGAAAUAUUUGUCAGGAAGAAAAUAUAAAAAUUAAAAGAAAAAUUAUGGAAAAUGAAUUGUGUGAGAAGAAAAUUAAAUGUGAAACACAGUCUAAAAGGAUUCCUGAUCUUGAUGAUGGAAAGAAAGAGAAAGUAAAAAUGUUAUACGACUGUGAUAUCUGUAAAAAGACAUUUUCUCAAAAAGGUAACCUGAAUACUCACAAACGCAUUCAUACAGGAGAGAAACCAUAUCACUGUGACAUCUGCAGUAAAUCAUUCUCUCAAGUUGCAAACUUAAUUACACAUAAACGUAUUCACACAGGAGAGAGACCUUACAUUUGUGAUAUCUGUGAUAAGUCAUUCUCCGUAAGUAGUCACUUGACUACUCACAAACGGAUUCAUACAGAUGAGAAACCAAAUCACUGUGAUAUCUGUGGUAAAUCAUUCUCUGUAAGUAGCCAUUUAACUAAACACAAACGUAUUCAUACAGGAGAGAGGCCGUAUCUUUGCGAUGUGUGUGGUAAAUCCUUCACUGGAAGUAGUGAUUUAACUACCCACAAACGCAUUCAUACUGGAGAAAAACCAUAUCACUGUGAUAUCUGUGGUAAGUCAUUCUCAGGAAGUAGUUACUUAACUACUCACAAACGUAUUCAUACAGGAGAGAAACCAUUUUGCUGUGAUGUUUGUGGUAAAUCAUUCCCUAAGAAUUGCACAUUAACAAGACACAAACGCACCCAUACAGGAGAGAAGCCAUAUCACUGUGAUAUCUGUGGUAAAUCAUUCUCCCAAAAUGGUGAAUUAACUGCUCACAAACUUAUUCAUACAGGAGAGAAACCAUAUCAAUGUGAUAUUUGUGAUAAAUCAUUCUCUCAAAAUGGGGAAUUAACUACACACAAGCGUAUUCAUACCGGAGAGAAACCAUAUACCUGUGAUGUCUGUGGUAAAUCAUUCUCUGUAAGUAGUCACUUAACUAAACAUAUACGUGUUCAUACAGGAGAGAGACCACAUCACUGUGAUAUCUGUGGCAAAUCCUUCUCUCAAAAAAGGCACUUAACUACACAUAAAGGUAUUCAUGCAGAAAAAUAAUUCUAUCAAUAUCAAAAUUCAUGUCGAAGUAAAUAUAGUGCAGCCUACAUACUACUGAAUUUUGGUUGAUAUAUAUAUACAUACUACUAAAUUUUCUUUGUUGAUAUAACUAGUGGUUAUAAAGGCAAUUAGCUGGCAGAAUCAUAACUGGACCAAAAAUGCUUGGCAGAGUUUCUUCCAGUUCUAUGUUCUGAUGCCAAUAUAAGAUAACUUUUCUGUUUGGUAAUUUAGUAAUCUUCUCAAUGGGCCGUAAAUAUGCCCCACAGGAAAUUCUAAACUGUCAUAAACAUCGAUACUUAGCAUUGCUUGACUUGGUGAUAUUUUAUUCAUAGAUAUUGAUUUCAAAUAUUGGCACAAGGCCAGAAAGUUUGGGGGAGGGGUAAGUGGAUUACAUUUCAAUUGGUAACUAGUUUGACCCCCCCACCUCCCAAACAGGAUAAAAGACACAGUUGACCUCGAUGAUAUUUGAAC